GGUGUGAACGGAGCAGAGACGAACGGCGGUUGGUGCGUGUAUGUAUGAGCACUAUUUACGUGCGUGGGGGCGCGCGUGAAUGGCUCACCUAGCAGCAAUUGAACGCAGCAGCCGGCGUGUCAGUGUGCAUGUGGGCUCGAGCCGGAGCUGAAGCAUGCGGGCCCAGCUGCGCAGAGAUGCAGCGCAACACCAAACUUCAAGCUGAAACCAUGGUUUUCACACCGUUAAGAUAUUUUUCCCAAUUAGUUUAGAAAUGGCGACGUUGAAGUCGAGGUGAGCAGCUCCGUUGUUUGCUCCACUCGCCUGCCCGGGGGGCGUGCUUUUCUCGCUUUUUUUUUUUUUUUUUUUUUUUUGACCAGGGCAAGCAGCCAACACAUAAAUCCGCUUUUUGCUCUUACAUUUAUCGAUUAUUUUAUGAGGAAUCAUGACGACGGGACAGGAUGAAAGUUCAGUUCGUGUGGCACUGAGGAUUCGUCCUCAGCUGGCCAGAGAGAAGAUUGAAGGAUGCCACAUCUGUACGUACGUGAUGCCCGGAGAGCCUCAGGUGAUCUUAGGGAAAGACAAGGCCUUCACUUACGACUUCUUGUUCGACAUGGAUUCGCAACAGGAUGCCAUUUACACCACCUGCACAGAGAAGCUGAUCGAGGGCUGCUUCGAGGGCUACAACGCCACUGUAUUUGCAUACGGACAGACGGGGUCAGGGAAGACGUACACCAUGGGCACAGGCUUCGACGUCAACAUAGUGGACGAGGAGCUGGGCAUUAUCCCCCGUGCAGUCCACCACCUCUUCAAAGGCAUCGAGGAGCGCCGCCAGGUUGCCCAGGAGCAGGGACGCCCGGUGCCCGAGUUUAAGAUCAACGCCCAGUUUCUUGAGCUUUAUAAUGAGGAAGUUUUGGACCUGUUUGACUCCACAAGAGACAUGAAGCAGAAAUCUCACAUUAAGAUCCACGAAGAUGCCAACGGAGGAAUUUAUACUGUAGGAGUGACCACACGAACCGUGUCCUCUGAAGCUGAGAUGAUGCAGUGCCUGAAGUUGGGAGCUUUGUCUCGCACCACAGCCAGCACUCAGAUGAAUGUCCAGAGCUCCCGAUCCCACGCCAUCUUCACCAUCCACCUGUGCCAAGUCCGCGUCUGUGCCUCUGACAAUCAAGAAAAUGAGAACGAUAACCGAGUCUCCAAUGGGAACUCUGAGAUGGAUGAAUACGAGACGCUGACCGCCAAGUUUCACUUUGUGGACCUGGCUGGUUCUGAGAGACUGAAGAGAACCGGAGCGACGGGGGACAGAGCCAAAGAGGGCAUCUCCAUAAACUGCGGGCUGCUUGCUCUGGGGAAUGUAAUCAGUGCUUUGGGUGACCGGAGCAAGCGGGCUUCACAUGUGCCUUACCGAGACUCCAAACUCACCCGACUGCUGCAGGACUCGUUAGGAGGAAACAGCCAAACAGUAAUGAUUGCAUGCAUUAGUCCGUCUGAUCGUGACUUCAUGGAAACGCUGAACACGUUAAAGUACGCCAACCGGGCCCGGAACAUCAAGAACAAAGUGAUGGUGAACCAGGACAAAGCCAGCCAGCAGAUCAGCGCUCUGAGGACGGAGAUAGCACGACUGCAGAUAGAGCUGAUGGAGUACAAGACGGGUAAACGUAUGGUGGGUGAGGACGGUGUGGAAAGCUUCAGCGAUAUGUUCCACGAGAACUCCAUGCUGCAGACGGAAAACAGCAACCUGAGGGUGAGGGUCAAGGCCAUGCAGGAGACCAUCGACGCCCAGCGGGCGAGACUCACCCAACUGCUCAGUGACCAGGCUAACCAAGCUCUCGCUAGGGCAGGUGAAGGGGGCACAGAGGAGAUUGGAAACAUGAUACAGAGUUAUAUCAAGGAGAUUGAAGAUCUUCGGGCUAAACUCCUGGAGAGCGAGGCUAUCAAUGAGAAUUUACGGAAGAAUCUGUCUCGCGCGUCCAGCCGUCAGUCGUUUUACGGAGGGCCCGGCUCAUUCUCCACCACUCUGCUGGCCCCUGAGAAGGAGACCUCCGACAUCAUCGAACUGGCCAAGAAAGACCUGGAGAAGCUAAAGAAACGAGAAAAAAAGAAAAAGAAAAGACUCCAGCAGCUGUUGGAGGAGAGAGAAAGGGAGGAAAGGGAGGAGGUGGUGGAAGAGGUUGAGGAUGCCAGUGCCAACAAGGAAGAAGUUCCCGACAACGAUCAAGAAAAGGGCACCGAGAAGGAAAUGGCCGAGCGGGUCAGCGAGGAUGCUGAAAUGGAGGUCCAAGAGGGCAGCGACCAUGAAGAAGGAGAGGAGGAGGAGGACGAGGAAGAGGAGGAGAUGGAAGUAGAGGAGAGCUCUGAUGAUUCCGACUCGGAGUCGGAUGAAAAGGAGAACUACCAGGCGGAUCUGGCCAACAUCACCUGCGAGAUCGCCAUCAAGCAGAAACUCAUUGACGAGCUGGAGAACAGCCAGCGGCGUCUGCACACGCUCAAACAGCAGUACGAACAGAAGCUGAUGAUGCUGCAGUGCAAGAUCAGGGACACCCAGCUGGAGAGAGACCGCGUCCUCCAAAACAUGAAUUCAGUUGAAAGCGGCACAGAGGACAAGACUCGCAAAAUCAAGGCUGAAUACGAGAAGAAGCUGAGCGUCAUGAACAAGGAGCUUCAGAAGCUGCAGUCGGCUCAGAAAGAGCACGCCCGUCUGCUCAAGAACCAAUCACAGUACGAGAAGCAGCUGAAGAAGCUUCAGAUGGAUGUGGCAGAAAUGAAGAAGACAAAGGUUCGUCUCAUGAAGCAGAUGAAGGAGCAGCAGGAGAAAAACAGGAUGAACGAAUCUCGCAGGAACAGAGAAAUUGCCUCUUUAAAGAAAGACCAGCGUAAGCAAGAGCAUCAGCUGAAGUUAUUGGAGGCUCAGAAGAGGCAGCAGGAGCUUAUUCUGAGGAGAAAGACUGAGGAGGUGACCGCUCUGAGGAGGCAGGUCAGGCCCACCUCAGGUAAGGUGAUCAGGAGAGUGAACCUUCCAGAACCAGUCCAGGACUCCCCCCACCGACCUCCCUCCGGACGCAUGUAUUCUUCCAGCAGUGCUGCUCCCAACGGCACACGCUCUUCUUACAGGCGUACAGCAGGAGUUUACUCCACCAGAAUCGCCCGCAACAAAUGGCAGUCCCUGGAGCGGCGGAUCUCUGAUGUCAUCAUGCAGAGGAUGACCAUCUCCAACAUGGAGGCUGACAUGAACCGCCUCCUCAAGCAACGAGAGGAGCUGACCAAGAGGAAGGAGAAGGUCAUCAGGAAGAAGGACCGGCUGGUCCGAGAGGGGCCGGAGGCAGAGAAGGCCGUGCUUCCUCUCAGUGAGGAGGUGGAUGCACUGACGGCCAACAUCGACUACAUUAACGACAGCAUCGCAGACUGCCAGGCAAACAUCAUGCAGAUGGAGGAAACCAAGGAGGAGGGGGACACGGUGGACGUCUCAGCUGUGAUUGGCUCCUGUACUCUGGCUGAGGCUCGUUUCCUGCUAGAUCACUUCAUGUCAAUGGCAAUCAACAAGGGUCUGCAGGCAGCUCAGCGGGAGUCUCAGGUGAAGGUGAUGGAGGGCAGGCUGAAGCAGACUGAAAUCACCAGCGCCACUCAGAACCAGCUGCUGUUUCACAUGCUGAAGGAGAAAGCAGAGUUCAACCCGGAGCUGGACGCACUGCUGGGGAACGCUCUUCAGGAGCUAGGUAACCUCCCAACCGAAAACGGGGAUGAUAGCAGCAGCGAUGAGUCAGCUCAAAGCCCUUCAGCAGAGGGAACCAACUUGGCAUCAGACCUCAUGAAACUGUGCGGGGAGACCAAAACAAGGAAUAAGGCUCGCAGGAGGACCACCACUCAGAUGGAGCUGCUGUAUGCAAACAGCGACUCUGCUCCCGAUGCACCCUCAGAUUUCUCCGGCCCGAUGCUGCCGUUAGCCGAAACACCAGAUGGAGGAGGAGGAGACGUGGACUUGUUGGGCUCAUCAGUCAGGGAAUACACAGCUCUCUCCCCUGGCUUUUCCUCUAAAAUGGGCAGCAUUUCUGGCUCCAGAACUCCGACGGGCGUGGAGAAGCGAGCUCCGGAGCCUUCCCCGCUCUCUCGCAGGAAGACCUAUGACAAGGCACAAGCAGCGGCUGACAGGGCAAAGGUCAAGGAGAUUAAACAGAUGGAUGGAUGCCUCCACCUCUCUUCCAGCAAAACCCGUCCUGUUUCCCCAUCUCUCUCCUGUCAACCAAAGGGCGUCAUCAACCCGGUCCCACCCACUAAGAGUAGCAGGUCCUCAACACUGCAGUGCGUUCAUGUCGCCGAGGGACACAGCAAAGCCGUUUUGUGUGUCGACUGCACCGAUGACCUUCUGUUCACUGGAUCCAAAGACCGGACCUGUAAGGUGUGGAAUCUGGUGACUGGUCAGGAGAUAAUGUCCCUGGCGAGCCACCCCAACAACGUGGUGUCUGUCCGCUACAGCUCCAGUUUGGUCUUCACCGUCUCCACUUCCUACAUCAAAGUCUGGGACAUCAGGGACUCUGCCAAGUGCAUCAGGACUCUCACGUCCUCUGGUCAGGUUAAUGUUGGGGACAUCUGUGCGUCCAACACCAGCCGGACGGUCACCAUCCCGGCAGGAGAGAACCAGAUCAACCAGAUCGCUCUCAACCCCAACGGGACGGUUCUGUAUGCUGCUGCUGGGAACUCGGUCAGAGUGUGGGAUCUGAGAAGAUUUGCAUCUACUGGCAAACUCACAGGUCACCUAGGUCCAGUUAUGUGUCUGACUGUGGAUCGGUCUGGAAACAACCAAGACCUGGUGAUCACUGGGUCCAAAGACCACUACAUCAAGCUGUUUGAUGUGACCGAAGGCUCUCUGGGGAGCGUCAGUCCUACACACAACUUUGAGCCGCCGCAUUACGAUGGCAUCGAAUCACUGGUGGUCCAGGGGGACAUUUUUUUCAGCGGCUCUCGAGAUAACGGAAUCAAGAAGUGGGACCUGGACCGCAAAGACCUGCUUCAGCAAGUCCCCAACGCCCACCGUGACUGGGUGUGUGCGCUAGGCGUCGUCCCUGGCUCCCCGGCCCUGCUGAGUGGCUGCAGAGGUGGGGUGCUUAAGCUUUGGCACACGGACACACUGGGAGCUCUAGGGGAGCUCAAGGGUCAUGAGAGCCCCAUCAACAGCAUCGCUGCCAACAGCAGCCACCUGUUCACCGCCUCUGAUGAUCGCACUGUGAAGAUCUGGCGUGCACGCGGUGGACUAGACAGCACCUUAGAGGCGGUUGACAAUGCAGACGAGGUGGCCAGUAACUGAACACAGUGCCACCUGAUUGCUUUGACUCCAGAAGGACGUAACGGCAUUCCUCCAUGCCGCUGUUCUGCACUUUGACCCCGAACAUCUCACCUUAACGCUGACUUCUUAAACCCACGAUCCUCCACGCCAUGUGACCUUUAUCACCAAGCCAACAGAAUCACGGUCAUCUUGUCUCAGCAGAAGCUAAAACUGUAGUUGUUUAAUCAAAAUUAGUUCACUUUCUUAAUAAUUACCCUUCACGUUGUGCGUGCAGUCAAAGACUAAUCAUGAACAUGUACUCCUAAGAUAUUAUAGACUAAAAUAAACACUUUAGAAAGUAAUCGUGCAGCUCAGCAUACUCAUGGCUGUGCUGAGUUCAAAUACAGACCAACAUACAACCAGGAAAUAAAGAGCUGUACUGUGUUUCGUCAGAUUAGGGACAAAGCUGACAUGAAAUUUAGUUUUUAGGAGAAAAAAGGUGGCAGGGUUGGUAGCUGGUCCUCACAACCCAGAUCUCCAGUUUGGAUUGUGUCUGAAGUCAAAACAGAACCAGUGUCCUCUCAAAGGACAAAUCCUAAAGUAUUACUUAAAACUCUGCAGCUUCAGAUCAGCGCGCAGAUCUGUGCACCUCAUCAUUUUGCCCGGUUGCUGCACUGCACGGAAAAUUUACUCAUUUGCUUUCUUUAAAUCAGAUGAGGUCAUUAAAGGAAAUAUGAGUAAAACUACUUCUAAAGCGCUCAAAUGAAAACAUCUCAUUUGUGUAAUCUGUAGGAAACUAAAGUGGGAAAAUUAGGUGUUCUUUUAAAAAUGUUUCUCCAUUUCCAGUUUUUUCUACCGCUUAAACAGAAGUUCCUGUAUUUCAUCUCCUGAGAUUUAAACAUGCCAAGUUUGCCACCUUCAGCCAAGUUGAGGCAAGUUUGUUUCCCUCUUUUCUGUAUUUAAUGCGCAGCAUAUCUAAGCAGCUGCUGGCUGUAGCUUCAUGUACGUUUUCCAGCUCAUCAAACUAUUCCUUUAACCCUUGAGCACUUGUAAAAGACACACAUGGUCUUUGAGAUUCACUCAAUCCAUUUAAAUGUUAGCAGGUUCAGCACUGAAGUUCUUCACUUACUGUUCACGUGUCAUCGUGUGUCAGGUUGUGUUCACUCUUCACAUAUGCAGUUGACACUCGCUGAACCUCCACCGCUGAGUUUCUGUCCCUGCUGCUAAGGCGUCUCCUCACCUUUAACCCUAUAAGAGGGCUUCUUGUCACGGACUCCAGGUGACGUCCACCUCGUACCGUAGCCACAGUAUGUGUGUGUGUAUAUAUGGCGUAGUAUCCUUUUGUUUUUGUUAGGAGAGGCCAUCAGGCUCGGUGUUAGUUUGCCUAACUGCAUAAUCAAAUCUGAUCCUUGUGAGACUUUCCGUGAGACACUUGUGGUCUCCCCUGAUGUUAUUGAUCUUUCUGUGGCGAUUGUGACCUGUCACUUCUGAAUGUUUGGUGAAGCAUCUCUAGGCUUUAUUCAAAUACAUAUCUAAUAUAUGUAAAGUGUGUAUUUAAAAGCAAAUCUGACUGAAUGUUUGCUAGUUUUGUGGGACCACCAAUCUGAAUGCAGUCUCACAGCAGAGCCAAGAGGACCAGAGUUGGCAGGACGACUGACGAGCAGCAUUUAGCCGGGCUUUGGACUGAGCUUUUCCUCCACUGAGAUGGCUGGUUAUGUUUAGUGGCCUAUGGUUAGUUUUUUAUUUUUUUGUUUAUUAUUCUCUCCUUGUUCCAAAUAUUCUGGGCGUUCCCUACUUUGGAGUUUUAGUAGCCAUUCCCCAAUGGAAGUCUGUAGCGAUUCUAAUGUCAGAUGCCUGGUAAGAAUAAAUGCCAUCUGUCAAAAAUGA